AUGGACGCCUUGACGUUUGGUUCGCACAGGCUAGUUCAUUUAGAUCUCAAGGGUGGUCCGCCGCGAGUCUGUUAUUUCGAAAAGUUGUUUCCACUCUUGAGGACAUGGGGUGCCACUGGGCUCCUCCUAGAGUGGGAAGAUACAUUCCCAUACAACCGAGAACUCUCUCACAUAGGAAGCAAUGGAUUGAACAAUUUAACUAUUGGAUAUACGGUUCAAGAGGUUAAGCACAUUUUACAAAUUGCAGGAGACUGUGGUUUAACGGUUGUCCCUUUAGUACAAACGUUUGGUCACAUGGAGUUUGUUUUGAAACACGACGAAUGGAGAUCAUUAAGAGAAGUGGAAAAUUUUCCAAGCUCAAUUUGUCCAUCUAACCCGAGAACAUUGCCUUUGGUGAAAUCUUUAAUUCGGCAAAUAGUUAGUUUUCAUCCGGACAUACAAUAUUUGCACAUAGGUGCCGAUGAAGUCUGGCAUUUAGGUCUUUGCUCAAUUUGUACAAAACGUGCUGCAUCCAGCAAAUAUGGAAAACCAUCUUUGUAUCUGGAACAUGUUUUGGCAAUUGCACAAUACGUUCAAGAAACAUAUCCCUACUUAAAGAUUAUUAUAUGGGAUGAUAUGCUAAGAUCAAUAGAUUUGCAAGUUUUGAAUGAUCAUUAUAUUGGAAAAUAUGUAGAACCUAUGAUUUGGCAUUAUAAUCCUAGAGAUAAUUUUGCACUACCUCAUGGAUUAUGGGACAAAUACACUGCAGUUUUUCCUCAUAUCUGGGCAGCCACUGCAUUUAAAGGUGCUACUGGAUCUUGUCAGCAUGUACCGGUUGUAAGACAUCAUAUAAGUAAUCAUGAAAAGUGGUUAGAAGAAUUAGGUAUACACGCGAGUAAAGUUCAUGAAUUUCGGGGAACGGCUUUCACUGGGUGGUCAAGGUAUGACCAUUAUGCAACAUUAUGCGAAUUGUUACCAACAGCGAUUCCGUCGUUAGCUUUAUGCUUGAAAGUUUGGCUUCACGGUUAUUCCGAACAAAUUCAUAAUCAAGUGGCUAAAAGUUUAGGGUACAUCGACCAUCCGUUGCAUAUAACACCACAACCAAGACCUGCACCAAUACCUAGUAAUUUACUUUUUCCUGGAUGGCAGGUUGCAGUGGGCAUAGAAUGGUUUUUAAAUUUUCGAGUUAAAUAUCAUAACAUUACCACUAGCGAACAAAUAUCUACAUGGAUGAAUCCUUGGCAAGUCGCAAACAAUUACACGAAUCCUAUGCAGUUAGAGAAUUUAGUACCCGCUUUUACGGAAUUACUGUUGGAAUUAUCUUCUUUAGAAGGAUAUUUAAGAUUUCAAAUGGAGAGUAUUUUCUUUUCGUCAACGAUCGAUGAAUGGAUAGGUACAAAUAUUCAGCCCAUGAAAGGAAAACUCGUGGAAUUAAAACAAACCACAGAAAAUCAAAUUAAAUUAAACAGUCGGGUUUAA